AUGGAGUUUGCCAGGAGAGGCGCAGGAGCCGUUGUGCCCUGGCGGUGGGCGUCCAGGGCCCGGCUGCUAGCAAAGCGGCACCCUGGCUCUGCCUCUGCCGAGGAGAUCCUCCCGGUCGUGGGAGGAGGUGCUUCUCCGCAAUUCUCUGCGCGGGCCCUCGGCCAUCUUCUUGCAGCGGUCGCCCACGUGACGGGCCACGGCCAGCCCCCUGCACGCCUCCGGAAGCUGCGUUCCCCGUGCACGUGCUGCGCCUCCGCCCCAGCCCGCUUGCUCUCCAGACUCCGCUCAGCUUGGAGCCGAGUUGUUUGUCCCGCGAGCUCCGCGAUCCUCCGCCCUCCCUGCAUCGUUUCCCUGGACGGCUCUUCUUUCUCUGCUUCGGGAGAGCGCGAGGCUGCUUGGAAGUCACCACGGCCCGCGGCCUCUCCCGGUCACUUCACCCUGGCACAUCGCCUCCCAAGCAGCCCCUUUGCUCUCCUUGAACUGUGUCGACUCAUCACUAGGAGCACCACCACCGCAGUGCGUUCCAGGAUGUCCCGGCAAAACCUGCGACUCCCAGCACCCGAGCCACACUUUCGUACAUCACCAGCAGGGCAGCCCACAGCUCUUCCAGGACCCGCUGGGGAGACACUUCGGUGGCCACCAGCCGGCCGUCCAUGUCCCUCAAGGGCCUCUUAG